AUGGCGAGAACCAAACAUAGAUCUUCAUCGAAGAACGGCUCGAAAGUCGCCGAUUCGUCGACGAGCAAAGCGACAAAGACCAAGGUAUUAAAUACAGAUUAAAAAAACAGACUUACAACGGACCGGGCCGGGCUGAGAUUUUGCAAAUCUGAAGAAAAAGUCAAUUCUGACUUUCUGGAAGAAUCACCGUUAUGUUUUUGAGCCUAAGCAGAGUUUCUGGGUGGAUAAUUCUGAAUUUCAGUUCAAAUUAUUUCCAGAAAGAGGUGCGGGUGUCAAGUUCGACGAGAGCCGGUCUCAACUUCCCCGUCGGCAGAAUCGAUCGCAAACUUCGCAAGCGAAUGAUCGGAAAGCGCGUCUCGCCGAAAGCGUCCGUCUUUUUGGCGGCCGUGCUCGAGUACCUGACCACCGAAGUGAUGGAGUUGGGCGGAAUGGUUUCGAAGACGUACAAGAAGAACCGUGUCUCGCCGAGACACUUGCAGUUGGCGGUACGCGGCGACGAGGAGUUCGACGAGCUGUUCAAGAAGAGCACGAUCGCCGAGGGAGGCGUCUUGCCGAAGGCCGUCCAUCCGUCGUUGAUGCCGAAGAAGUGAAUGCCUUUUCUAUUUAUAUGAACGUCAUAAAAUCUUUAUAAGGCAAUUCAAAUGCGUAAUUGCGUAUCGAUUGGCACAGUGGUAA